CCCGGCCGGGUGGUGACACUGCUGGAGGACUGCGGGGCGUGCACGUGGGGUGUAGCCUAUGAAGUCCGUGGGGAACAAAUUGCUGCAUCGCUCCAGUAUCUCAAUAUGCGAGAAGCUGUCCUGGGAGGCUACGAUACCAAGUUGGUGAAGUUCCACCCUCAAGAGAAAGAUGCAGAGGAACCUAUCCUGGCUCUUGUUUACAUUGCAACACCCCAAAACCCUUCUUACCUUGGCCCAGCAUCUGAAGAAGACAUUGCAGCUCAAAUCAUUGUCUCAAGUGGUUGUGCUGGUCACAACAUUGAGUACUUGUUGAGACUGGCAGACUUUAUGCGCUACUUCUGUCCUCAAGCAGAGGAUAAACAUCUCUUCUCCAUCGAAGAGGCUCUGAUUUCCAUCCUUCCAUGCCUAUACUGCACAGAGGAGUCCCUAGAAGAAACUGCAAAGUGUCCCUCAGAAAUCUAA